ACGAGGCAAGUCAAACACCACCACUGCUUGCUCCCAGCCCUCAGUUCUCGUACCGUUGCGCUGUAUUCACAAGCUCUCUUUCUCUUAAGAAGCGUCUCUCACCAAGUCUCAGCAAACAUACAGAGCAAUAUCAGCAUAAUAAUCACCAUCGUCCAUAUCGCAAGGGACGACGACUCCCCAGUUCUGUCACCACUCUGGCAUUUCCGAUCUCUCGGAAGUGCAGGAAGUUAUUAUGUUGUUGUUAUCAAGUUCACAGCUCUAGCAACCCAUGCGUGGUGCAUAAUGUAACCAAACCCUUAAUAGACACACACCAACAAAGGACAAUCAAUUUUGUCACGCUCACCACUGCGAGUGAAGCACAUGGCGUAACCAGCCAGUAGCUGUCUGGUUAUAGGUUCGAGAUAAAGAAGUCAUUUCUCUGUCCGGCUAUUAAUUAUUAGAGAAAAGUGGAAAGCAUCGUAAUCCUUUGUGAACUAACUGAAACAAACUGAAAAGUACCGUUUGACAAAAAGAACAAUUUCUGAAGAACUCGUACAGUGGUAUUGUCACUUGAGAAAAUACAUUUUCUCUGUGAAAACUGAUUUACGCGAGAGAAAAUCGUCAUGUUCAAGGAACGAGAACCCUUCUUCUCGCUCAGCAACAAUCAUCAGUGUGAAGACUUUGAAACUUAUAACUUUCGAAAUAAGAGUGAUACGAAUUACGGUACGGGCAAUGGGGAAGAUUGUCACCAGAUGAGGAGGUAUGUGCCAAUGUCACUUCAUUCCUCCUCCUGUUCAGGAGAUGAGGACAUGUCCAUUUCACCCAGCAGCAGUUUUUGCGGUUUCGGUGUAAACUCCGCAGGCCGGUCCGAGUCUGUCUUUAACCCCGCAGCAGUGGGGGCAAGUAGCAUGGAAAGGUGUGGGAGUGGUGGUGCGGGUGGAGGUCCUCAGGGGGUGCGCUGCUUCGGAUGUGGUCACCCCAUCGUGGCACGAUACUACGUGUCCGCAAUGAACUCUACUUGGCACAAUGAAUGUUUAAAGUGCCACCUUUGCCAUGCUGUAUUAAGCGACGAACCCACAUGUUUUGAAAAGGACCAUAAAAUAUUAUGCAAACAAGAUUAUCACAGAUUAUACCACGAAACUUCCUCAAAAUUCGCAAAGCGAUGCGCUCGAUGUACAAAUUUAAUCAAUUCAAAUGAUCUCGUUAUGAAAGUACGGGAUUUUGUUUACCACGUUGACUGUUUUGUGUGCACAAUUUGCCAGCGGACCUUCAAUCGAGGUGAUCACUUUCGCAUGCAAAAUACUGAUCUCAGAUCUGCUGAUCUCUAUUGUCGUCUUCAUUAUGAUGUAAUUGAAAAUUGCAACAUAUCCGAAGAGUCAAACCCACCCCCUGAACCAUAUAACAGCACCAGUAAGUCAAAUUCCAACACAAACAAACGUGGACGUCCUCCCAAAAAGAAAUUAUCGUCUGGAGUUCCCGACAUUUUAAAAGAGUCAGCCUCAUCAAUGAGCUACUUUCACCCUGUGAAACCUCCGAAUCUAGGACUUUCCAAUGUUGGGACUAUGAGUGCAGAGUUUAAUCAAAUCAUGGACUCUCCAAUGAAUGGUUUCAACAUGUCUUCGAUGUCUCAUCGGGAACUACCUCCCGGAAUUUCCCCCGUGGGAGUCGAUGGGACUCCAAACCCGCAUCAAAAGGGAAAACGAAUGCGCACCACCUUCAAGCAUAACCAACUGCGAGUUAUGAAGUCAUAUUUUGAGAUGAACCCCAAUCCCGACACGAAAGACCUCAAACAACUCUCCCAGAAGACUGGGCUAUGCAAAAGGGUCCUUCAAGUUUGGUUUCAAAAUAGUAGAGCGAAAAGCAGGCGUGGGGUCACAGGGUCAGGUCAAGGUCAUAGGCCUGAGUCAAGUUUGUCAGGCAACGGAGUACUUCAAUUUGACGAUUCUCAACAAGACUGGAGCCCAUCUUCACCCUACCCUGGAAACUCUCAGCAACCAACGGAACUGAGCAAUUCUGGCAGUCUACCAUUGCCCCUCGUUCAGGGAUGAGUAUCAUUGCUGAAAUAAAUGAUCCCAUUGAACCCAUUUUUACCUAAGAUUUUAAAACAUGACAUGUGAACACGAUGACUUUGAAAAAGUUGGAAAAACUCUCGAAUUGUUGUAAACAAUGGAAUGUUUAACUUGUGAAUAAAAAAAACCAUGUUUUUCUUUUAAAUUUCGAA